AACCGCGCGCGUCUGAUGUUUGGAUGCCAAAACCAAAGUGAAAAGUGUUUCUCCGUCUUGUUUGACUAUUGCAGACUUAUUUUAAAAAGGGAUAACCACAUAGCCAACAUGAGUCAGACGUCAACUGAACAGAACGACUCUCGGUUCAACAAUGUUUCCACUGGUUUGGCGCUGAAAAACUUCUCAAAUUCAGAUGACGAGUUCGAUGACAUGAGUGAAGGUCGUUUCCAACCUGUUGUAGACGUUCCAGCGAUUGCGUUGGCGGUAUUUAUAGUCAUCAUUAACAGUUUAGCUUUGAUAAUGGUGGCGAAGAAAACAUACUUGAGAUCCAUCACCAAUCUACUGCUGUGUAGCCUGGCUUUAUCCGACCUCCUUACUGGCUUGGUCUCUGUGCCACUGUUUAUCACGUGCAACAUCGUCCGUAGAUUAGCAGUUUGUCUCACUGAAGAGCAAUUGUCUCGGUUCAUCUCAGCCUCUAUUGUGUCUCAUCUGAUGUCCGUUGUGAUUGACAGAUAUCUGGCAAUUGUACACCCUUUGCGGUACACGUCACUGGUAACACUCCGCAGGUGUGCCAUAGUUAUCAUCUUUAUCUGGACAUCAUCGGCCGUCACCGCAUUGGUGCAAUUAACUUGGCUCGAUCCAUUCAACCACGAUCCACAUGACGAAGACCUGACGGACUCCUUCCAAAGAACAGAACUCGUCUAUGACAUACUGUUUCUCAUUCUAUUUUUUUUAAUUCCUUUGAUGAUCAUGUGCUUUACCUAUGCGAGAAUAAUCUUUGAGAUAAUUCGUCAAAGUCGUAACAUUAGGCGAGAAAAUACGCCCAGCUUACCAAACACUAGGAAGAGAUCUAGGAAUCACCAUGAGUGGAGAGCCAUUGCAAUCUUCGCCGCCAUGAUGUUCGUUUACAUAAUCUGUUGGCUGCCUUAUUUUAUGCUUCGCCGAUUCGAUUUGUCGGCGUUGCCAGACACUUUUAUAUUGGCUGUUGUUUGGUUGAGGUACCUUGCGUCGCUUUUAAACCCAUGUAUGUACAUAUUUGGCAAAAAAGAUUUUCGAAAAGCUCUGCUUGAACAUGUGCUACCGAUGAAGCUGCAACGAAAUUCCUCGUCUACGAAAUCAACGGCUUUAAGAAGUACUGUAAACGCCGACGACUUCUUUAGUAGGAGAGGUGGAGGUUACACGGAAAUUGGCAGAAGAAAGGAAACUUCAGUUAUCUGAUGAAUGCCUUUUUAAGCCUGAAUCUGAAACGUGAUUCUCACCACUAGUUGCCAUAUAUGAAUGUGUAAAUAUGUUUAAAAAAAUUGAUAUGAGUCACACAACGGUUUCACCCUCUAACUGAUGUUUUUGUCUUUCCUCGUCAAUUCAAUGAACUAGAUUGUGUAUCUUUGUAAUAUAAGUAGACGAUAGAUCAAAACUGCUGCAUGAAAAGGGAGGAAAAUAAACGGUCCAUGCAUGAAUCAAAGAAUGAUUUACUGAUA